UCUAAACAAUACCCAACGACGACUACUUAACUUCCUGAUUCCAAGCGGACGUGAGCUGACGUCAUCACCCACCUGUCACUCAUUAGUGGCCUGUCUUUUUCCAGCAAAGCCUACUUUUUUACCGAACGAAAACGCGUUUUCCUUGCUGGAAUUACGAAGAAAAAUGAAUUCCUUUGAGUUUCCAGUCGUACUUUUCAUACUGUUCGCUCAAGCCAUCUCAUUAGGACGCACUGGUGACGUUUCUUUCUCCAUUUGUUGGAUGGACUUAAGUAAUCCUCUGGAAAGUUAUGGCAACCUGUGGCUAAAUGGCACCGCUUUAAAAAACCUCUGGACAAAUGGAGAAAUGGUGUCCUUGACCGUACCUCCAUCUGUAGAAAACAACGUGACGCUUGAAUAUGGAAGCACUUUACACUCGUGGACUUUAACAGUUUCCCCGGGGACCAAACAAAUCAAAGUCAGCGGCCGACAGAAACCCAAGAAACAUCCAAUAAGUGCAACACAGAGCAUCUUGGAUUUGUUGGAUCCCACGGAGGCGUUCCCAUGUGAAAAUGGCACGCUGUUCUUCUUUCAGGCUGAAAACUUCUUCCUUGCUUUUGGCCACUCGUCGCGGUAUCCUGUCAAAGUGGAGGCCCGAUCGUCCACCACGUUGCUGUUGUCGUGGACGGUGGGCCGACCAGCCCCUGUCGGGACCACCCACAAUGUGACCCUGUACCGUGCCGACCGGGGGAUCUAUAACAUGCUCAGCAGGAACACAAUCGCUGACAAUCGCUAUCGCAUCCCUUCCCUGAACUCCUGUACUCUAUAUGUGAUAUGCGUGGACCCCGAGGCCAAUUUCCUUGUCACCUGCCUCUCGACUUUAACUGAUCCCGACAUUCCCCGAGACUUUCGGAUCCGCUCGUGGAACAGCAGCAGCCUAUCUUUAAGCUGGGACUUCCCAGAGAACCUCUUGUUCUCUCACUUCCUCCUCACGGCCUUCCAUCUCAACGGGACGGACCACGUCAUGGAGGAGGUGCCCGUCUGGCUCGCAGGGGAUGACUUUGUUUUUACCCUGUCCGGCCUGCAGCCUUGCAGCAAGGUUAAGUUUGGCCUGCAGACGGUUUGCCAAGCAGGGAUUGAGACCCACUACAGUGAAAUGAUCCGUAACGGUGGAAAUACCGCUCACUCCAGCAUCAAGGCCUUGCGUCAGACAUCGUUCGGCUCCGACAACUACACGCUGAGCUGGGAGGUGAGCGACGCCUCCUCCGUUUCCAGGUUCGGCGUCUACCACGAGGACACGCUGCAGGGCACGACGCUCGCGACCAACUACGUGGUGGACGGACUGCUACCGUGCCGCCUUUACCGCGCCAGAGUGGAUGCGCUGUGUGGAGAUGGCGUGCUGAUGAGCACCGCGACGCUUCCAGUGCACACGGGACCCCGCGGUGUGUUAGAACUGCGGUACCGCACCAAUGACUCUGUAGCCUUGUGGAUUCCCGGCACACCCAGUUCAGCCCUGUCGUUUUCAUACGAACUCUCCCUGGAGAAUGGCAGCGCCCUCCAAAUGGACACUUUGACAGAGUCAGAGCUGCGACUGCCGGGACUGGCAGCCGGGAAGACGUACGUCCUCGAGCUGUGGGAGCAGUGCGACGGCCGGUGGGAGUCGGAACGUACGGCGUUGUGCUUCACGGUUGACAAUUCGACAUAUGGCUUCCUCGUGAGGGGCGUGGGACUCGACUCCAUCAAUGAAGACCGAGCUGAAGAAAUUUAUGUGCUCAGAAUGGUCGUGCCGGGUUCGCCUCCCGAUGAUCUGGAGGACGAAAUGGCCGAGGCGACGACCACCCUGGUGGAGAGUAUUCAAAAAUUGCUGUUGGACCUGUUGAGUGAUGUCCGUCCACCGAUCCGCGUGGAGGUGGUCGGUAUGGAACCUGCGUUCGAAGUGAACAAAACGCAGGUUCACGUGAUGCUUUUCGACGCGUCCCACCAAGACGACAACAUGCCCCUGCCGGUUCAGUUUCACGCGGAUUAUAUCGAGUCCCUGGACAACGCUGACGUCUCUGUUCGAGAUGGACUCGUCUACUGGCACGGUCCAGAUCUUUGCGCGUCGUCCAACCGCGCCUUGUGUCCGCAGAACUCCCAAUGCGUCAACACGCUGGGUUCAUUCCACUGCGCGUGCAAUUUGGGCUAUUAUGACGUGAGCGCUGUGCUUCAGGCACCGGUGCCCUCCUACCCGCUCUGCAAUGAGAAAGGCAUUUUCAGCCAGUGUCUGGAGAAAGUGAUGACCGGCGGCGUGGCGAAACCCUACCUGACUGCGUACAUCGGCGGGAAGGUGGAAGUGGUGCUGAACAACGCCACCUGCGAAGUGGAGGAAACCGAAACGUUGUUCCACUUCCGCACUCCCCGACACGGCUCUGAAUGUGGGACGAAGAGGCGGGUGAACAAAACCCACAUUGAGUUCCAAAACACCCUCGCAGUCUCCUUGACCAAGGAAGAAGCCAUCAGCCGCAGGGAUCUGAAAGUGAUCUGGAAGUGCGUCUACCCUCUGCAUUAUAUUCGCAACGCCCACGUGAGCAUCGAUUUGAAAUGGUUCAACGCUUACUCCCUGGUGGAGUUCAACACCUCCCUGCAGCUCGGCCUGACCAUGGACCUCUUCAGCGACAAGUCCUUCCGCAGCAGUUAUCGCGAAUUCGCCAGCAUGGACCCAGAGGACACGUUGUACUUCGAGGUUGCGCUGGACGGCAACGCCUCUUUUGCCUCCAACGUCCUGCUGCAUGUGGAGACCUGCUGGGCCACGGAGACCAGUGACCCACAGAAUGAAGUUCAGGGCAUUUUCCUUGAAGACGGAUGUCCCAUCGACCACACGUUCCGAUGGCUGUCUGUGAACGGCGUGGCUCAGAAAAGCAGAUUCGCCAUGCAAAUGUUCCACAUGCCUGAGGAAAUGCCCCUUUAUUUUCACUGCCUGGCCGGCAUAUGUGGAAUUGAAGAAAACUGUACAAAGGACUGCACGGGCCAUCACCGCGUCAAGCGAGCGGCAACCCGCAUGAUGAGCACAAAACCAAAUUCGAAACGCGCUGCCGUGGUGUCUGCCGGCCCUCUUAUUGUCAGUCGGGAGGCGUUGAGAACCAAAGGGUCUUCCUGGAAAGAGAAUUUGACGAUGCUCUCCAUUGUGGCGGGGUUAGUGGGCAUUUUGGGAUUGGCAGUUGUGUCAGUGAGUGCAACCAAAGCGAUUAUGGCUUUCCACAAACGGCGUCAACAGAAAUAAAGUGCUUGGAACUGUCA